UCCUGACGACACAGCCUGGCGUGCACUUGGAGUCAAACAUGGCUGGUAGAGGUGGGAAACAGAGUCGCUCAGGCUCAGGCUUUUCGGGCAGAAAAGGCGCAGGCGAGCAGGAAGAAGAGGAGCAGCCGCUGCAGGCCAUUUUAGUUGCUGACAGCUUCAACCGGAGGUUUUUCCCGGUGACCAAAGACCAGCCACGGGCGCUGCUGCCGCUGGGAAAUGUUGCCAUGAUCGACUACACGCUCGAGUUCCUCACGUCCACCGGGGUGCAGGAAACAUUUGUCUUCUGCUGCUGGAUGGCCAGUAAAAUUAAGGAACACUUAUUGAAGUCAAAGUGGUGUCGCCCCAGUUCUCCAAACACAGUCCACAUCAUCACCUCGGACUUGUACCGCUCCCUUGGGGAUGUGCUGAGGGAUGUUGACGCAAAGUCACUUGUACGCAAUGACUUUGUGUUGGUUUACGGAGAUGUGGUAUCUAAUGUUGAUGUCAGUCAGGCUUUGCACGAACACAGGCACAGACGAAAGAUGGAGAAGAACAUUUCAGUAAUGACCAUGGUCUUUAAGGAAUCAUCGCCAGGACACAAGUCACGCUGUGAGGAAGAUGACGUCAUCGUGGCCAUGGACAGCAAGAGCCAGCAAAUUUUACACUACCAGAAGACACAAGGGCUAAAGAAGUUACAGUUUCCUAUGAACAUUUUUCACAGUGGAAGUGAUGAGUUUGAAAUCAGACAUGACCUCCUGGACUGCCACAUCAGUAUCUGUUCCCCACAGGUUGCCGAGCUCUUCACUGACAAUUUUGACUAUCAAACUAGGGAUGACUUUGUCAGAGGCAUUUUGGUCAAUGAAGAGAUCCUAGGCAAUCAGAUCCACAUGCAUGUCACCAAGGAUGGCUACGGUGUCCGAAUAUCCAACCUGCUCAUGUAUGAUUCUGUGUCGUCGGACCUUGUGCGGCGGUGGGUCUACCCCCUCACCCCUGAAGCCAACUUUGCGGAUCAGGAGGGGCAGAGCUGCACGUACUCUCGCCACAACGUCUACCGGGGAUCAGGAGUCAGCCUGGGCCACGGCAGCCAGAUGGAGGAGAACGUUCUCAUCGGCUGCGACACCAGUAUCGGUGCCAACUGUUACAUCUCCAAUAGCGUCAUUGGUAACAACUGCACCAUAGGUGACAAUGUAAACCUGGACCAUGCCUACAUCUGGAACAAUGUUCACAUUGCCAAUAAUGUGGUGAUCAGCCAGUCUGUGGUCUGCGACAAUGCUGAGGUCAAGGAGGGCGUGACUCUUAAUAAACAGUGUGUCCUUGCAUAUAAUGUGGUGAUUGGACCAAACCUCGCUUUACCAGAAGGCACCGUGGUGUCCAUGCAUCAUCCGGAGGAGGAAGAAGAGGAUGAUGAUGAGUUCCUCAGUGACGAUGCUGAGGUCGGUCAAAGUAAAGACAAAACCAAACUGAAAGUUUUUAACCCAGCAGAAGUUGGAGCAGCUGGAAAAGGCUACAUCUGGAAGGCCAGCAGUCUAGACGACACGGAGGAUGAAGAGCUGUCGCAGUGUCUUUGGGGUUUGGUGUUGAACCCAGAUCCUGAAAGUGACAGCGAGGACAGUGAGCCUGAUGGCCCAGACGAUCCAGUGAUUCCCUCUCCUGAGAUGGACGAUGUCAAAGUCUUCCAGUUGGAGGUGCUCGGGACUCUGCAGAGAGGUUUGGAGGAGAACAUCGGCUGUGACAAUCUUGUGCUCGAGAUCAAUUCUCUAAAGUACGCCUACAAUAUCACUCUGAAGGAGGUGAUGCAGAUUUUAACCAGAGUGGUGCUAGAGUACCCUUUCCAGCAGCAGGGCUCAGAACUCACCACUUCACAAUACGUCUCUGUGCUCCUGCCGUUGUUGAAGAAAUGGGCGCCAGUAUUUAAGAACUAUGUGAAGAGAGCACAAGACCAUUUAGCCUGUCUGUCUGCAUUUGAAGAACACUUCUUGGAGCAGGAGAACCACUGGGCUGCUAUGUUCAAGGUCCUGAUGAACAUGUACCAGCUGGAAAUCCUGGAGGAGGAGAUGAUUCUGCAUUGGUUCUCACAGGGAGCCACCACCGACAAAAGCAGACAGCUCCGCAAGAACCAGGGGCUUCAGAAGUUCAUCCAGUGGUUGGAAGAGGCCGAGGAGUCUUCAGAGGAGGAUGGAGAAUAAUGAGGGCAAUUUCAUCUGCAGAAAAACUUUCAAACUGUCGUGACUAAGGGGAUUUGGAUUGUUGGUCUUCUCUUCCACAGCGGCUCUCUGCCUCCACUAACCACCAGAAUCUGCUCUGUACAGUUGAAGCUCAUGUACAUUUUUAUCUCCUACGUCAUGCGAGAGCUGUGUGAUCUGAACAUCAAUAUGAAAUUAAAGAAGGGAGACCCUCUGCCUGAUCGGUUUGAA